CAAGAGCGCCGUGUUCCGUAGUUCAUCUCCGACCACCGAACUGAGCACAUCAUGAAGAGCUUCGUCGCCCUCUUGGCCCUUGCGGCAGCAGCGGCCGCCCAGAACUGUCCCGAAGAAGGCGUAGCCUACUUCGCCGACCGAGACUUCUGCGACCGCUACUCUCAGUGCCGCGACGGCGUCUACACGGAAGAACAGUGUCCCGACGGCCUCCUCUUCAACGACCUCGUAACCAACGGCCGCUACCCCUGCGACUACCCCUCUGAGGUCGACUGUGGAUCCCGCUCCAAGACACAGCCCGCCCAGCCCACAGAGUUCUGCCCUCACCAGUGGGGUUACUUCGGCUCCGGCGACAGGGCCCAGUGCGGCUACUUCUACAACUGCGUGGACGGCCAGGCGCACCAGUUCACCUGCCCCGACGGCCUCGCCUUCUCCUCCGCCACCUACCGCUGCGAGUGGGCCGACGAGUCCCCCGACUGCGACGCGGCUGCCUUCCUCGGCUUCACCUGCCCCGCCGAGGUCGACCUCCGCCAGGUGCAGCUCUUCGGCCACUCCCGCCUCAGGUCUCCUAGGGACUGCCGCCAGUUCUUCAUCUGCGUCGGAGCUUCACCCAGACUCAACUACUGCGACCUCGGCCUGGUCUUCAACGAGGCCACUUCCUCCUGCGACGAGCCUGAGAACGUGCAGGGAUGCCAGAGCUACUACCCCCCCGAGGAGCUGGCCGCCAUCAGGGAUAGGAAGGAGAAGGCGCGUCUCUCUCAGCUGAAGAGACAGGAGGAAUUCCAGAAGUUGAAGCAGCAACUCACUCAACAAAGGCAGAACUAAAUGCAAAAAGCAGAUAAAAAAGAAAAAAACCCAUAUAAUGAGUAAAGAAUUAAAAACGGCAUGCUGCAAAAAUGUAUUACAAUAUAUAUAUGUAUAUAUAUAUAAUAUUGUAUUUUAUAUAUAUACAUAUAUGUAAGAAAUCAAGAAAAUUCAUAAAAUUAUCCAUAAAAAAAUGUUACAUAAAAUCCUAUAACAGAAUCCAUGAACAAAAAUGCCUAAAAACAGAACAAUGAAUAUAAACAAGAAAAUAAAAUCAAAUUAAAAAAAUAAGAGAUAAAACUUGUUGAUAUCGCGUUAAGAUCUCUUUAAGGGAAGCAAUUUCUUUGCCACGAUAUUAACAUCUUUUAGGAAAGGUGGUCGAGAGAGUCCGUGUCACGUGAUGAUUUAUUAGUAUUAUUAUCUUUUCCUCGUGCCUUUCAAUCCUCAUUUAUCUCAGUCACGUUCUUCUUUUAAUCUCGCAAUAAUUCUUAUCAUUCUUUCUAACCUCCCCCCUUCCCCCCCUCUUACUGACACUUUGCUCACGACGAAGUUUUCAGCUAAGACUCAUUUCUCUCUCUACGACGUCACUGCCCUCUACCGGCUUUUGAAAAUACUAAGAAAUAAAAAAAAUCAGCAAUUGUUAACUAUAUAAACACAGUGUAUAGUUACAAAUCUGUCGUAUACCAUGUCUUUUUCUAUAUUCUUGUCUGUCAGUUUAUUUUCCUAAUCUAUAUAUGUAUUAUAUAGAUGACUUAAGAAAAAGCAUUGUACUCUCGACCACUCAAAUCUACAUUAUAUUAUCAUGCUUCAUUUCUGUUGUUCUCAUUAUUUUUAAAUAUUUACAUUUGUUUCACAUUUUCUUUUGCUUGUCUUCAGCUUGUUCUUAAACCUGUUACUCCAUUUUGAAAACACACAGACGAAAAAAAAGAUACAGGUACAUUAUCGUAUUUAAAACACAUUGGGUCACACUGAAUCACACCAAACACAAACUCAGUUAAUUUCCUAAGAAUAUGCUUAGCGCCCUAACUUUCUGGAAUCUUCGUUUCACUUCAUUCUCCUUUCAUAUUCCAAACAAGUAUUAUUAUUCAAAUAUCUUAGCAUGUUACAUCCUACGCGAAAUUAAAAACCAGCCGUAAUAACUAGCUUUUUUUUUUGUUUUCUUUCGAGAAUUCACGGGACACUUAAAUAAAACAAAACACUUAUCAUGGUAUGGGGAAUCGACCUUUUGAACGACUACACUCGAGAUGUGGACAUGGCAUAAAAAAAAAUACCCUCACAAGUGCCAUAUUGCAACUUGUCUUCUUAUCACAGAUGAUUAUUAUAUUUUCCUUUUGUGUUAAUAUAGGGGUUGGUAUUUGGGCGUUUCCGAGGUCCAAUAUGCCACAUGCUUGUACUGUGAAGUGUUAGCCAAAUAAAGGCAUUGAUUUUAAACACGAA